GCUAUCAACAACAGCGACGCCGCUUGCGCUUGUAUUGUUUUGUUUACAUUCGCAAAAUAAAAGUAAUUUCGAUAAGUUGAAUGAUUUUUAUAGAAUUACCAGUAUUUUUUUUUAUAAACGCAGCAUAUAAUUAAAAUUGUAAGUGGCAGUACAAUGUUGACGUUAUAUUAUUUAAUGAAAAAAUCCAAAAACAAAACGAAAUUAAGACCCACCGAAUAUCUAAAAAUUAUCGACGAAAAUAAGAAUACACGAUUACAAUCAAGUGAGAAUUUGUCAGAAAAAUGUAGGGUAUGUUUAAGAGAAGGUGUUGUACCGAUAUUUGGGACAGAUGACACUGCAUUUAUACUAGAAACAUUACUAGUCGUGGCGAAUGUGGAAGUGAAAGAAAAUGAUGGAACUCCGAAGCUCCUAUGUGACGUGUGCCAUGAGUUUAUUACAGGAGCUGCCUUAUUUAGGAAAAUAGCCAAAGACACUGAGCAAUUCCUUCAACAGCCAGUUAAACAGGAGGUUGUUGAUGAACAAGACCAAUUUUUCGACCAAGACCAUGACUCAAUCCAAGGUAGCGUCCAUGACUCUAAACCUGCAGAAGAUUGGGAUAUUGAAGACAGCAGUAAAGUGAAAGCUGAAAAACAAAUUAAAAUUAAAUAUACACCAAAAGUAACAUGUAAUGUAUGUCACAAAGUCAUCAACAGGUCUUAUUACAAAGAACACAUGACAAUGCAUGACCCUGACCACAAGAAGUACAUUUGUGAUGUAUGUGGGAAGUCAUUUCGACUGAGAUGUGCAUACCACAACCACAGUUUGAGACAUGGCAAAGAGUUUCCAUAUAAAUGCCAGUUGUGUCCGUACCAGGGAAGAUAUUCAGAACUACUUAAAACUCAUAUGAGGACUCAUACUGGUGACUAUAGGUAUAUGUGUACAGAAUGUCCAGCUAGGUUCUUGUUCAAGAGCAAUUUAAACAGUCAUGCAUUGAAGCAUAAAGAGCCUCAACUACAGUGUGAUGCUUGUAAAAGAGCUUUUCACACAAAGUUGAUGUUACAAAGGCACUAUGAAGCGGAUCACUUGGGCAUUAAGAAUCAUGUUUGUAAUAUUUGUGGGAAGGCUUUUGGAUACAGGAACGCUAUGAUGAAGCACCAAAGACAUGUCCACAAGCGGGCUAAGCUCCUGUUUGGUAGAAUGCCAGCUUAUUUAGAAGCUCAGCAUGGCAACUAGGAUAAGCCAUAAUUUAUUUAUUUUUAAUGUUAGUUUUACAUAUUCUGAUCUCAUAUUAUUUAUUAUGUAAGUAAUUGAUUUAUUGAAUUGAUACAUGAAUUUUA